AAGUUCGUCUGCUACGAUCGUUGAUCGCACGGAUUGGAUUAGCAGUUAUUAGAGUGUCUAUUCACCGAGAGAGAGAGAGAGAGAGAGAGAGAGAGAGAGAGAGAGGGAGAGAGAGAGAGACGUCAGGACCCACAUAAAUCGUGCGAGCUGUUUCUUCGAGAUACGAUUAGAGAGUGCGAUAAUCCGCAUGGCUGCCUCAUCGAGAGAAAACUUUAAUAAUUCAGUGAAAUCGCUCGUACGAGUGUGUAUACGUCUACUAUUACUACUACAUAAGAUCAUCUAUGAAGGAAAGAAAAAAAAAAUAUGAAACAGUGUCAGUUCCCCAUCGGAGGAACUUGAAGGAAGUGGGAUUGAACCAUGGGUCGCACAGGAUACACGUGUAUAAGGCACGUCUUUUGCUCUCUCAACGUUCUCAUAUGGUUAUGCGCUUGUGGAAUUUUGGGUGCUGGCCUUUGGUUGAGAUUGGCUUACUCUGGAUACACGACUUUGGUACCACAAUACAGUUUUGCAUCGGCUGAUUCUUUAUUACUAGCAGCAGGAUGCGUCACCUUCGUCAUUGCUUUCUUCGGAUGCUGUGGAGCUUGGUUCCAAUCGAGAUGCAUGCUGAUCACGUACUUCAGUCUCGUUAUACUGAUGUUCCUGGCUGAAUUUAUGCUCGGUACACUCGCCUUUAUAUUCCGUGAACAUCUCGCUAGAAGUCUUAAAGAAGAAUUGCUAUUUGGCAUUGAAAGGCAUUACAAUUUAACGAGGGAACCUGGUACUUUACCUGCUGUUUGGGAUCACAUACACACUGAGUUCCAUUGUUGUGGUGUUCGAGAUUAUACGGAUUGGUAUCAGAUCGAUGCUUGGCCAACGGAAGAUCGAGUACCAGACUCUUGUUGUAUACAAAGAGAAAGGUAUUGUGGUAGACUCGAUCCUGAAGGAUUGAACAAAGAACUUUGGUACAAGGAAGGUUGUGCCUCGGCCAUUCAAUUAUGGCUUGUUACAAGGUUACACGUUGUUGGUACCGUUGGAUUGGUCGUUGCUUUUCUUCAAUUAUUUGGACAAGUCGCCAGUAUGAUACUCUUUUGCACGGUCAGGCAAAAGAAAUCCUCACACACGUACAAGAGCUAUGACACUACCAAUACCUAGAAUUUCCGCUGGAUCUUAGACGAGAGUAGCGUCUAAGAUCCAUAAGAUUGUCGUUAGAUCGACAUAAUUAUAUUUCGAUUCCGCGACGAUCUAUUGAUCUUUGAUGAGAACAAUAUAUGAUCGUCUAUCUCGCGAUAUCGUCAUACGUUCUUUUUCUUCUUACGCUCUUUACUAGGAACGAACGAACGAACGAGCGAAGACGAAAAAGUCAAUGAGAAAAAAAAAACCCGAGAUUAUUCGAGAAUAUUUCUCGUUUUAUCGUUCGAUUAUGCUCCUUCGAACUCUUUCAAGAGAAAGGUUUUGUAAAUUUUGUUCAUACAUAUAUACAUAUGUCUAUAUAUAUAUAUAUAUAUAUACACAUAUGUAUAUAUGUAAAUAUAUAUGUACGUAUAUCUUUUGAUCGAAGCUCUUUCAAUCAUUAGAAAUUAGAAUUCGUUUAGCUUUAAUUCUUUUAGAGAAUGAUGCCUGGAAUUGUAUUUAUUUAUAUCAUUAUAAUUACCUAACUCUCAUAGUUUGCUUAGCGCGUGAAUAGGAUGUUUCUUUCGUUUCGUUUUCUUUAUAUAUAUAUACACUCACACACACACACAGAUACAAAUUUUUCUUUUAUAUAUACGUACGAACAUAUACGUUCAUGCGAGCUUGCGAUAAUAUUCUAGAGAAAUAGUCAUGUACAAGACUCAAAGGACGAUUAGAAAAUAUUCCAGCUUCUUGUCGUUACUUCCUUCAAACUUUCUUUAGUCACGCCAAAAAUGUUGUUUUUUUUUUUUUAUCGUUUAUUUAAAUAAAACUUUAUAUAUACAUCUC